UACACAUACGGAACGAGAUCAAGCGAUCAAGGCCGUAUUCUGAGGAGCAAAAAUUUUGCUCCCGGUCGUAAACGCUUCCACGGUGGGACCGUGAGUGACUACCCCUUGGCGUUCCUAGUCCUCGUCGUCUUCCUGCGGGGCCUCUACCUCACCGUUUCCAGUUACUUGUUGCGAGACGCAGGACGAAGAUCCUCCGUCCGCUAUCCGCGUAAGGACUCUCGUCUUUGUCCCGAUAUCGUCUGGGCCUGCACAACCCUCACCCACAAGUGCAGACCUCCACUGUUGUGGGGAGCCAGUGGUCAUAUCCAGACGGCCUACAACGUCCUCGUGGGCCACGUCUUUGUCCCAUCUCCCGUGGGAGAUAGACAGUCUCUCUCCACUCCCGAUGGGUGCACUGUGACCAAUGACCUCUACCAGCCACAGCACCCCACCUCCUCCUCUCUUUUCUUCCUCCUCUGCCCUGGCAUAGGAAACCACAGCGAGACGUUCUACAUCAGAUCAUUUGUCCACUACCUACUGAGCAAUGGACAUAAUGUGGUAGUUCUCAACCAUGUGGGUACUCUCAGAGAUGUUCAUGUCACUGGGAACAGGCUAUUCACUUAUGCUAAGGUUGAAUCAGUUAUGGACAUUGCUUCCGUCCGCGAAGAUCUUAUACAAUCGUCUGACGAGCAGGGACUUACCCCUCUGCCCGAUAUCCCGUCACUGGUGUUGCCCGUGGUAACGCACCUGGUGCCGCGACUUCUCAAAGUGGCAGAGUUUCUGGCAACCUUUGCGGAGGUUUAGAAACUGAAGACCAAGCCGACAGCUGACUCGCUGGCGGCCCCGUUGACCUCUGACCCUAGACCAGAGGAGAUGUAUAGCAGUCUCCUACGUGUCAUUGCUACCUCUUCCCUCCACAGUCAGCUGAGGACUAGGGUCAAAGGUCGUGGGGUGGAGUGGUAGAUACUGGCAGUUGACUUUCUCCACACUCAAGGAAUUGAUGUAAAGCCACUGGUAGAUGAGAAGAAGGAAGAUAAAUCCUUGCAGCAGGAAUACAGACUGUCUAUUCUUGAACAGCUCACAACUGUGGCUCUGGACAUGCCUGAUGUUAGCACUGCAAUCGAAGUAGCCAUGGUUACGGCAUACCAGGCGAAGGUGGAGGAGCGUGUCAGAGAGCGGGAGAGGACAAAGUCCAUCAGUGAGGAUCUCCGAGGUCUGGCGUCUGUCAAAGCAGAAGAGGAGGGAGAUCGUGGAGCAACUAGCAGCCAUCCGGAGAGAUUCUUAUGAGAGGGAGUACUCUAGUCUGGUUGUGGUUAGGAACACGUGUCUCGGAGAAGACAGACUGUCCAGGAGCUACUGGAGACUACAGAGUCUACCAGGAAGACUGUUGUCCUGUUGGUAAUGAUGGUGACUGCACCACUGAGUCUGGGGAGAAGUGGUUACUCGUUGGCUCUCACUCACUGCUUAUCAGUCUAAUGGAGGGACUGCAGUGUAAAGAACAUGAACUGCUGUCAAAUUUCAGAAAACUUUAUUCUGUCAUCACCAAAUCGCUCCCCUCAUGACAAUGGCCACUCUUCCACCUGUUGCUUGCACAUAACACAGGUUUUAUUCCAAAAAGACCACAUAACCUUAUACUUACGUAUACUUAUGUGUAUUGGCAAAAUAUAUAGCACCAAUACAUAGUCUUAGGUACUCAGACCACUCGCAGGGUUUGGUUCGUGUUGGAGUGACUGUUUCUUCAAGUGAUCCUGUUUGUACCAUGCGGUUUGAGCCUAUGUAUGUAUUUAGUACAGUACACAUACAAUACUAUGGGACCUGGUUUUGUCAAUGGAGUGACUCAAGACAAGAUUGGGUC